AUGGAUCGUCCAUCAAUAAAUAUAGGUGCUAUAAUUGCGUUCGAUACAGUUAAUGGAAAAAUAGCGAGGACUGCUAUUGAAUUGGCAGUCGAAGAAGUAAACAGAAACACCGGCGUUCUGAAUGGCACGCUCCUUAACAUUCAUAUCCGAGAGUCCACACAAGAUGCACUUACAGGCGCUUCUGCAGCGCACAUUCCAAUUGUAACAUUUGCUGCAACGAAUCCAUCUCUAUCGAUGCAUCGACACCCUUAUUUCAUUCGUAUGGUGCCCAGUGAUACAAUACAAAUGAGGGCAACAGCAGAGCUGAUACGAAACUAUAGGUGGAGGGAUGUGGGGCUUGUGUACGUGGAUGACGACUGGGGUACAGGAGUGAUCCCCGCCUUAAACGAUGCCUUACGAGACGUCGAGGCAAAAAUUAUUUUCAAAGCUGCAGUUUCACCCAGGGCCGAUAUAUCCGCAAUUCAAACGCUUCUUCAGGAUGAGGUGAUGAAGCUGGCGUCUCGAGUGUUCAAUGUGCAUUUGCAUCCUGAUUUGGCUCUAAGCCUGUUUUCCGAGGCGUACAAAUUAGGGAUAAUAAGCAGUGAUUAUGUAUGGAUCAUUACCGACGGAUUGGCCAGUCUACUGAAUUCCAUCAACGCUACUUCUCUCCUCUCUAUGAAUGGUGUGUUGGGGGUAAAAAGAAAUCUCACACAAACCGACGAGUCAAGGCUGAAUACAUUUAAUAAAAGAUGGAAGCAGCGGUUUAAAGCCCAGAAUCCUACAAUACCGAGCCUGAAAUUAAAUUCCUGCGCUCUUGUUGCAUAUGAUACAGUGUGGGCAAUUGCUAUUGCAAUCGAUAAUCUCCUGCGUAUGGAGUUAUUUAAUGGCAGUUUCUCAGCGGCCUCUACCAGCACCAAGUUUUUGAAUUUCAAGGUUUCUGACAGUGGAGAGCAAUUGCUUUAUCAAAUCCUAGAGACAAACUUUCUCGGCCUGAGCGGCUCUGUUCGAGUAAGUCGUGAAAGGGGAGAACCUUCGGAGUGCUUGUAUGAUAUAAUCAAUGUCGUCGGAAGUAGUUAUGAGGUCAUUGGGUUGUGGAUAGAAAAGGGCAUGAAUAUUGCUUUUAAAAAAGUGGUUAAUUGGAGCGGUGUAUCGAGAAAAACGCCACGUGGAUGGGUGAAACCUGUGCCAGGGCAAAAACUGAAAAUAGGGGUGCCUUGGCAACCAGGAUUUGCACAAUUGGUCAGCGUAAAACCAGUCCAUGCCAACACAGUUGCACAAAACCAGACUUAUGAGAUUACAGGCUUCUGUAUUGAUGUGUUAAAAGCGGUGCUCAGGAGAUUGGAUUAUGAAUUGCUCCAUGAGUUGAUACCUUAUGGAUCUGGCAAUAUUACUUCAGGCUACUACGAUGACCUCGUCUACCAGGUCUAUAUUCAGAAGAGUGAUCGAGUGACCCAUGGGCCGUCUUCCGCCCUUUCACCCCAGCCAUGUGGAUUACUACUGUUGCAUUUUUCGUCUUCACAGGAGCUGUUGUUUGGCUUCUGGAACACAGACGAAAUAGGCAAUUUCGAGGGAAGCCUCGGGAACAAAUCUUGA